AUGGAGUGUAAACCAGCUAUCACCACGGUCUCCCUUGGGUCGUGCAAUUUUCACAAUAUUCUUGACAAAAUUGGCAAAGCUUCCAAACAUGGCUUCAAGGCCAUUGAAGUCUUCAUGGAUGACCUAGAGUCUCUCGCUAAAGAAAUCAAUUCCAUACCAGCCACUUCUGAGGCUCCACGUGAAUCCAUCCUGGCUGCUGCUCAUCAGGUUCGCCAGCACUGUGAUAAUCUGAACGUCACAGUUCUCAACUUGCAGCCUUUGCGCUUCUACGAGGGUCUUAUUGAUCGCCAGAAGCGUGAUCACAUCUUAGACAAUAUCAUUCCCAUAUGGAUUGACACACUCAAGAUUCUUGGCGCAGACACAAUUCUGGUCCCUUCCAACUUCCUUCCUGCAGACCCUCAGACCGGCCUCCCUCAGACAACCGGUGAUCUCGACAUCAUCAUCGAUGACCUCCGCGAACUGGCCGCUCGAGGCGCCCGCCACGAGCCAGCCAUCAAAUUUGCCUACGAGGCCCUCGCGUGGGGAACCCACGUUAACACAUGGGAAAAAUCGUGGGAGAUUGUCCAGGGGGUCGAUCGACCCAAUCUAGGCCUCGCCCUCGACACGUUCAACAUCGCCGGUGCUAUCUAUGCCGAUCCCACGUCAGACGAUGGCCGCGUCCAAUCGGCCGAGGCCACAUUCCACUCCUCAUUGCGCCGUAUGUACACUAGCCUCGAUAUUUCUAGGGUAUUUAUCGUCCAGAUAGCCGAUGGAGAGCGCCUCAGCCAGCCACUUGGUCCAGGUCAUCCUUUCUACAUUGAAGGUCAGCCUAGUCGCCUUGGCUGGUCUCGCAACUGUCGGCUCUUCCUUUGUGAAGAGGACCGAGGAGGAUAUCUACCCGUCAUUGAAAUUGUCCGUGCUAUUCUAGAUCUUGGUUGGACGGGAUACCUUGCGUACGAGGUCUUCUCACGCACAUUGGCGGACAGUGAUCCACUUACACCGGCGCAGCAUGCAGAAAGGGCAGAACUAUCCUGGCAACAACUAUGUCUGAGAAUGCAGAAUCAAAAGGCUCAGAUCACUAUUAGUGCUGCUGGGGAUAUCCCUUCUUUGAGAGAAUAUGAAAGACCGGCAGAAUUUAGGAAGUUGGCCUCAGAGUACAACAAAACUACUGUCAAAUAA